CCGUAAAGCGUGGAGUUGUCGUUGCUAUUGGAGACGAGACGGAAAGCAGGAAGUAGCAGGAAGUAGCAGGAGUCACAACAGUGACAACAGCUGAUGAUAGUUUUGGGAUUUUUAGGGGAGGUUUAUGUUCGCUAAACGGGGCAAUAUUUCACUAAAAGGACAUAUAAUACUACACAGCAUUACAUAACGGAAGACAUAAAUACAUGCUGAAGAAAUAAUCCCACAUCAGACAUUUCAGUAAGGAUUCAGUAAGGAGUCUCCGGUGUCAGAGCUUUGUAACAAUCUCUCUGAGCUCUGUCACAGCAGCCAUCAUGAGUCGUAGCAGGAAUCCGCCACAAAAAGGCCAAGGAGCCGCUCGAGCCAAACAGAUGGGUUUGCUCUUGGAUCUGUCUCCGGACGCUGGUCUGGAAAACUCUGGUGGACAUGAGGAGGAGUUGGAGGCGGAGCUUCUUGCUCUGAUUGGAGGAGAACGAGGUGGCAGGGGCGGGCAGCCUGGCAAGAAAGACGGGGGGAAAGCCCCUGUCCCCAUGGAGGACAUUGAGCGCAUGGCCGCCCUCUGCAUGAAGGACCUGGACGAGGAUGGAGAGGACGAUGCAGACCUGGAGGACGACGCCGAUCUCCUGGCUGAACUGAAUGAGGUUCUGGAGGAUGAUCAUGAGGAACCAGCUCCUGCACCAAUCCCGUCUCAGCGCUCUAACGUAACCCCCAAAUCCACCCCCACUACCCCGAGCGGUGCGGGCGGACUGGAGACCCGCCUGCAGGAGCGUAUCGAUAUGUACCAGGCAGCCAUCGCCAACGCCAACGCUUCAGGAGAGGCCAGCAAGGCUCGCAGAUACGACCGUGGACUCAAGACGCUACAGUCCAUGCUGACGUCGGUGAAAAAGGGAAAACCCAUUAACGAGGACGAGAUCCCGCCCCCAGUCGCUACUGGGGCUAAACCCACCCCCACACAGCAAGAACCAAUCAGAGAACAGGAACAGCCUGCACCGGAUUCCAUGCCACCGCCAAAGACCAAUGAGAAGCCGCUGCAGGAGGCGAAGCCUGUAGCCCCGCCCAAACCUCAGCUCCUGCAGCCGCCCAAUCAGAGAACACCGGCUGGGACGCCAGAUACACCGGCCAUAUCACCCUUAACUCCCAUCCAGCCCAACGCCCAGCAUUCAGCGCUGAAGGCCAGUGUGUUGAGCAGACAGAGGGAAUAUAAACUGGCCGCUGUUCAGGCUAAACAGAGCGGAAACACUGACCUCGCCAGACAACACCUCAUCAUCGCCAAGAAGUUGGACUCUGUAGUAGAGGCGAUGGACAGAGGAGAGCAGGUCGAUGCCAGCUCACUGCCGCCUCCUCCUGGAGAUGUUGUAGUUGAGCGUUCUCCUCCAGCUCCUCAAUCUGCAUCCGCCAAACCCAGUCCCGCUCCUCCACCCGCUGAUGCGCCAGCGCCUGACGCUCCCCUUCCUGCUCCCCGUAACCUGGCCGAGGCCCUGCAGCAGCGCAUGGAAAAGUACAAGAGUGCAGCUGAGAGCGCCAAAAGCAAAGGAGACGACCGGAAAGCUCGCAUGCACCAGCGCAUUGCUAAGCAAUAUCAAGAUGCCAUUAAGGCGCACAAAGCAGGACGACCCGUCAAUCUAGCAGAGCUACCAGUACCUCCAGGUUGUCCUCCUCUACAGGGUGCCGAAAGCGCAGAGCAAAACUUCCUGGGUGUCCUGGAAACAGCCGUGAAACUGGCCAAUCAGGAUGCAGACGCAGGGGAAGAUGACGAUGGGCCAGAGGAGGAAAUGGCAAAGCCGGUGGCGCGUCCCGCUGCUCAGAAAGCUCGAGCCCCUGCGCCCUCACACUCCUCGUCCCCUGCGGUGACCCCCCCAGCCUCCUCAGACACCCCCAAACUGGGGCCUAAAGCUCAGCAGCAGCUGGACUUCCUGCUCCGUCGCAAGCAGCAGUUUGUUAAAGCGGCCCUUCGCUCGAAGCAGAUGAAGGACGUUCAGGGAGCAGCGCAGCACCUGCGCAACGCCAAGGGACUCGAACCCAUGAUCACUGCAGCCAAAGGAGGCCUGCCUGUCGAUAUCAGCAAGGUGCCCAGUGCCCCAGUGAGUGAGGAAGACUACGCUCUCGCUCAUGCUCGCUCGUCCUCUCUCCCUUCCCGCUCGUCCCAGCAGUACGCUCAGCUCAUGGAGCGCCUCAGGCAGCAGCACGAGAAAUGUCUGAGCUACUCGCAGCAGUUCACUCAAAUGGGCAACCUGGCCGAGACCACGAGAUUUGAGAAGCUGGCAGAGGAGUGUAUGAGUAAUAUUGAGCUGCUGAAGAAAGCUCAUGCUAAAGGCUAUCCUGUUCCAGGUCACCACACAGAGGAGCGCACCAUCAACACCGUCAAGAUUUUCCCCAAUUUGACUGCCAGUGAGAUGGAGCUGACAAUCAUAAAAGGAAUCAACCUGCCCACUCCAGGAUUUUCAGCCAGUGAUUUGGACGCUAGUGUGCGCUUUGAGUUUCCCUUCCCUAGUUCGGAAGAAGCUCAAAGAGACAAAACCAACACUGUGAGAAGCACCAACUGCCCAGAGUUCAGAGCGCAGUUUAAGUUGCACAUCAACCGAACGCACCGAGGCUUUAAGAGAGUGGUGCAGACCAAAGGCAUCAAGUUCGAGGUCGUCCACAAAGGUGGCCUCUUCAAGACUGAUAAGGUGGUGGGAAAUGGUCAGCUGAAACUCGAAGCACUGGAGAAUCAGUGUGAGAUCAGAGAGAUUAUAGAGGUGCUGGAUGGCAGGAAGGCGACAGGAGGGAAGCUGGAGGUGAGGGUGAGGAUUCGGGAGCCGCUGGGCGGAGUCCAGCUUCAGCCCGUCACGGAGAAAUGGAUCGUAGUGGAUCCACCGGCCGUCACCCCGGACAGAGAGAAAGCGAGAGACAGAGCACGGGCACCUUCACCGAAAUCCAAACCCCGCAACGAUCAAGGAAAGAGCGUCCAACCAAGUCUCUCACCUCCUCAGUACAAACUCCACAGCUUCAGCCUCCUCAACUAUGACAAGGAAAGACUAGAGAGAAAGAUUGGGGAAUGUAAGAAAAAUAGACGGGAUCCACCGCCAGAUCUGCUGAACCAGCAUAAAGAAAUUUGCCACCGACUGCAUUGGCAAAAAUCCUACCUGGAGAGAGGAUCCUCAGCGGCGUUAGCAGAGUACGAUAGUGUGUUAAAUAGGUUCGCUUAUGGUCUUGCUGAGUCAGUGAAGAAGUUUUCCAGUGAAGGCAAUAGAGAAGCAGCUAAAGAUGCUCUCGGAAGGCUGAAGAUGGUGGAGGCUGAGAUGGAGUCUCUCAGGAGGAAGCGUCCUGCGUGAAGAUGUGCAGGAGUACUUCAUCUCCUUCUCUUCCUCACAGAGACACCUUCAGCGUCACACACUUCUCUGUUUCUUCUUCUCUCUGCUCUCUCUUUAGCCUGUUAUCCAAACACUCCUGAUAUUUUAGUCCAGACUCUGAAUCACCUGAGAUUCACUGGACUACUUUACUGAAAAAAACUUUUUUUUUUUUUCCUGGUCUAUACGGAAGGCCAGCGAAGGCCAUGAGUUAGUAUUUUGUUUCUCUUCUCUGGAGUUAACAGGUACUGAAGUUCCGAUGUGUAACCCUGCGUUUGUGUCGGAGUGGGAGGUGAACAUCUAUUUAACCUAGCUACGAUUAAAUGUAACUAUUCUCAACUUUAUGCAAAUUAGUUCUGCAGCACAUCCGAAUGAUUAGCUGUGCUAAAUUUGUAUUCAUACAAUAACCUGCUAUUUCUUAUCGAAACUGAAAAACAGUGGUAAAGACCACGCUCACACACACUCCUCACUUGCUAGCGAGCCGGAGUUCCCAUUCGCUAACUAGCAUGAGGACGUGAUUGCCGGCUGAAAUUAGUGAAGAAGGGACUCAGUUUCAGCUGUUAACUCACUGCUCACCAGCUCCGACCCUGUGCACGCAGGCUGUUUAUCUGAAGAGAAAUUAAAGGAAAAAGUUGCAGGACUAAAAAAGUAACACAUGGCCUCCGUGGACGUCUGUGUAAUUAGGAUCAGACGACUACAGUGUCAGGAUUCAUGAAGCACUAAUUAUCGUUUUGAAUGUUUUUGAGUCAUGUGACUCAGGGCUUUUAUAACAGAACAGUUUAGCCUAAAAUGAAAUGUACACACUACGAGACAUUUGCUGUCUGAUGUUUACGUAUUUACUAUAAACCUAACAUAGCUAACAAGUAAGAGAAGCUUAUUUUUAUUAUUAUUAUUUUAAUAGAUAUGUGAAUCAAAUCGGAAGUAUAUUAUCUGAAUCAUAUCUGACGUACAACUUUCAAACUGGAGGCCACGUUUCCUUCCUGAGUCUGAUGCUGUGAAAACAAAAACAAACUUUCCUGAGAAAGAGAACUGGUCUGGCUUUAAGAUGGAGUGAUGUUUUUAUCUCUGUGGUUUUGUCAUUUUAUUUUGUCCGUGUCUGUAGAUAACUGUGUGUCCCACAGGGUCAGGAAUCACAUCAGAAGGUCUUUCUGAAACUCUGAAAAACUCCUCAAAGCCAACUGACAAGACACAAGCUUUUUUAGAUUUUUAAAUUAACCUGUUUGUUGGCUCCAGUAGAUUUUGUAGCGCUUAUACAAAACUACAGAAGCACCAGACUUCUCAGAUGAUCUUCUCAGCAUUUGGAGUAAAGGGGUCUUUGUGUACAUUUAGUUUUGGGCCAAACUGCUUCUUAGGCGAUCAUUUGCACAUUUGAUGAGGCGUGCAGCAGUACUGCUACUUUUUCUGAUUUCUCCAUCUGCCAUCCGUCUCCGUGCUCCCCGUGCCUUGUGUGUGUGUGUGUGUGUGUGUGUGUGUGUGUGUCUGUGUGUGAAUGGUGUAAAUCCUUAUAGAGAGCAUAUGAAGAGUAAUCUGGUCUCUGCCCUGGGUUCUGCUUAAUCCUUCCUCAGUGCAGCUCAGUGCUGUGAUACGGGGAUAAUACUAACCGGUGAAAUUUAAGGGGAUGGGAAUAGAGGGGUGUGUGUGUGUGUGUGUGUGUGUGUGUAUGUGAGGGAAUAGAGGAGGGGUGAGGAUCAUGGCCCAUAAUCGGGGAUUAACCCUCGUCUAGUUGCCCAGGUGACCUUUGCUCUGCAGUGGAGCGAUAAAGCGAACAAACUGACUGUGGGACGUUUCAUAACCAGCAUUUAGAUAAACUUACAAAAGUCCAGAUGAGCCAUGCAUUAUUAUCAUUAUUAUUAUUAUUAUUAUUAUUAUUAUUAUUAUUGUUAUUAUUUUGGCAUCAUUACCGCAAUAAACCGCAUGGAAAUUACAGUAUGCUAGCUAACUAAUAUCUGUGUAGUACACUCUGGAGCUUCUUGUGAUCCUCCUGAUCACAGCUUUUGCACAAACAAAUAACGUAUGGCCUCUCUGGACUUGUGUACAUAACUGAAGCCGUAUCAAGUUUCAGCUCUCAACACACCUGAGCCAGGUGAUCAGGUGCAGAUUGAGGUCUUAGGGGACUACAUAGAGAAAUGAGGGCUGUGUCCUAAACACUAGCAUCUGUGAGAAAAGAGUUCAUUCUGAAUCAUUUAAAAAAAUAUAUAUAUAUUUAUAUUUAGGAAAUUGAUUCAUGUUGCUAUAAAGGACGUCAUCACUUUGCGCUCGUGAAGCUUGCGAGUUAAUCAGUAGAUUAGCUGUUAUGAUACGGGAGAGGAUUAUAAUUAUAAUUUAUUAGCUAAAGCCUGACAGAGAACACAACUACGCUAAAUACAUGCAACUGAUAUUGUAGCUAACUUAGCACUUCCUUUGAUUAUACAGUCUUUUGAAUGCUAAUGUGAUUUCUCAGUGUUAAAACUGACGUCCACAUGUUCGUGGCAUGAAUCCCUCGGCUGCUGAAACUAGACCGUGUGAAGAUUCGAAAACAACGACUAUCGUUAAAAAAAGAGCAGAUUCUGUGUGAUCUAUCAUUCAGGACAAUGUUUUCUGUAUCGGGGGAGGGGCUAAUUUUUACGUUGCAGGUGAACUCUGCUUCAUUCUACCUCGUUUCUAAUUCAUCAGCUAGUUAGCGAGACCUUCAUGAGCUGAGUCUGUGGCGUCCGAGACUCGAGUUUGACUCUUCUAAUGUAGCUCAUUUCCUGUCUGAUGUCAGAGCGACACCAACAUCGCAAAUUCAUCCAUUUUGUAAAUCUGUAGCUUAACACACUGUGUAAGCUUUUCAUGUGGGAUUAAAAAAAUCAUUUACCAUUUUACCUGCAGAGUUUAUUUAAGCCCCGCCCCCUCAUGGAUCUGGGACAAGUGACCCCACCCCCUCGGGUUUCUGGACUCAUCACUGGUCCCGCCCCCUCAGGAAACCUCUCUGAAGACAUCCGAUUAGGCUCCGCCCCCAAAAUGUGACAGUAGUAACCCGUUUGUGUUAGUGAUCAUUUUCUGCAAAACCACUGAUUCAUAAACGUAGCGUGAAAGUGAAAAAAACAUGAAUAAUAUGAGGUUACAAUCACAGUUACACGAUUACGAAUCUGAUAGAAAUUUGUGAUUCGUAAUGUUGUAAUCUCAUCACUACAUUUUUUUUUUUUUUUUGACAGGAAAUUAGCUUCAUUAAAGUGUCACUACAAAAAAAUCCGUAAUCAUGCAGGUAGCACGAGCGUCCUGUCAGGAAGGUGUUCGUGGGUCAGUGUCUGGGUUUCAGUGGGACAAUCGCAAACCACGUGUUUUCCUUCUCUUUCCUCGCACUCACUAAAAGCCUCGGCGUACUUCCUGCAGAGACGACGUUCGACUCGCUUCAGCAAACAAUACGGCGUGAUUGUGGAGAAAACAGACGUCGUGCGGAGGCUUCGCUCGCCUUCUCGUCUGCGCGGCAGCCGGUUCGAUUGGUCGGUUCAGACGAGGUGUCCUCAGGCGGAUUAACUCCAUAAUGGAGCAGCACAGCUACUUCUUCCUGUAGUUCUGGAAAUCAUCGUGAAAUUUGAACGGCGCCACCUACAGCUCUGGAGCCCUCAUACGCACCGACUAUACGAAACCGCACGGCGUAUACGAGCUUGUACGAUCACGAAGGUGGUUUCUCACAGACUUCGUCUCUGUAUUAAGUAUCCUGAGGCGUUUUUGAGAACGUUUGACAUAACGAGGUUAUGGGAUUAUAAUAUUUUUCACACCCUCCUCCAUAACACUUACUAAUCAGUACAGAUGUGUGUGUUAAUGUGUGUGGUGUAUUUGUGGCAGCGACCCUGUAACACUGUGUGUAUGUGAGGUGAUGGCUUUGACGUCUUAUUCGUAUAUUGAUAUUUACUGCAGAAUGACACGGAAUGUUUUUGGGGCAAAUGUCUUAUUAUGACGACUUAUUAAAGUAUGAAAUAUA